AUGGAGGCCCAAAAAGCCGCCGUCGUUGCUUGCAUUGCAACCACCGUCCUUCUACUCGCACUCAUACUCCUCUUCUCGUUCCUAGGAAUAUUAUCCAAAACCCUCUUCACUGUCGUCGCCAUCGCCUCUGCCGUGGUCAUCGUGUUCACCGUAUGGUUGUUUGUGCACCUCGCAAUCAUGGAUCAGAGGAGGACGUCGGUGCCGGUGAGGCGCUUGGUUGACGUGGACGAAGGCCUCCGCCUCGAAUAUAGCUUUUUCCGAAAGGUUGCAGGGCUACCCACAAAGUUCUCCUACAAAACACUCGAGGCCGCCACCGACAACUUCCAGGCAUUGCUCGGACGCGGCUCCUCGGCGUCGGUCUUUAAUAUCCUGGACGAUUGCACGGCCAUCACCGUCAAGAGGAUCGAGGGAAGCGUGCAUGGGGACAAGGAGUGCCAAUCCGAGAUCGCGGCGAUCGCCAGCAUCCAGCACGUGAAGCUCGUACACCUUCUUGGCUACUGUCUCAUCCCCGGUGGGCCAUACUUCCUCGUCUACGAGUUCAUCCACAAUGGAUCGCUGGACAACUGGAUUUUGAGGCACCAGGUUGCAAUCGAUGUCGCCAAGGCUCUCGCAUACCUUCACCACGAUCGCCGGUCGCGGGUACUGCACCUCGAUAUCAAGCCGGAGAACAUACUGCUCGACGAGAGCUUCCGGGCAGUCGUGUCGGACUUUGGCCUGUCAAAGCUGAUGGGCAAGGAUCAGAGCCGGGUUGUGACGACGGUGCGAGGGACCAGAGGCUACUUGGCCCCAGAGUGGCUCUUAGAGAAUGGGAUCUAUAGCUACGGGAUGGUGCUGCUGGAGCUCGUGGGGGGGCGUCGGAAUGUUUGUCUCAUCGGAGAUGGCGAUAGGUCUCAGCGGAAGUGGCCAUACUUCCCGAGAAUUGUGGCCGAGAAGGCGAGGGAAGGAAGGAUCAUGGAGGUGGUGGAUGAGAGGUUGAUGGGAGGAGGAGGUGGAGUGGAGGAGAAGCAGGUGAGGACUUUGGUCGACGUGGCGCUGUGGUGCAUCCAGGAGACGGGAAAGCUGAGGCCGAGCAUGGCAAGGGUGGUCGACAUGCUCGAGGGUAGGAUGGCCGUCGACGUCCCACCAGAGACACAGAUGAUCGUUGUAGACCUCCUGGCGAUCGACCAACUUGACGCCGACCAUGGCCAAGUAGGAGUUCGUGGUGGUGCUGGGGCUGGGUACCCAUCGGAGAGUAGGCACCCGAUGCCAUCGUCGACCCACUCGUUGGCUUUGUCAGCUCUAUCGGGUCGGUGA